GAGGGGUUUUGGGCCUUAAACACAGAUAUCGUCAGAGAAGGUUUGGGUGUCCUACAUAAUUUUCACUACAGACAGUCGGGUAUCAGUUUUCAUCAUAUUGAUUUCUUACAUGGACAUUUAACCUGAGACUUUCAUUUACAGGAAGAGUGAUAAGUGAUUGUGUGACAUUCAUGUGUUUCUCGAUGACAUUAAUGACGUUACCUCCUCAAGAUACAGCCAAACAGAAACUCGAGAGAUAAAGAGGGAACAUAGGUGUGUGUAUAUACAUAUAUGUGUGUGUAUAUGAGGUGUGAACUCACCUCACUUCACACGGAUCCUGGUUACCUUUCGCGCCGGUCAACCCUCACCCGGCGGCGAUGAGGCCUCGUCUCACUGCUGUUAUCGGCGGCGGCAGUGGAGGUAGUCAUCAUCGUAGUCUCCGUGGUGGCGGUGGCGGUAUUAUAAUAGUGAUGGCGGUGAUUGUUACCAUGCUGACCUCGGCGUUGACUCAGUCCGCCAACCAGACGAACACUAGUUCGACCGUCGUGGUUGUGACCAGCGGAGACAAGUGGGAUAUGGUGGUGUCACAGACUGAGAAAUUACUUCCUACUGUGGUCAAUCUGACUAUAUCUAGUUUUGAGAAUCUCAUCAAUAACAUCUGCCAAAACCAUUCCAACGAAUUAAUUAUUGUUUUGGACACACGAACCCGGAGUCGCGAAAACUGCUUGUUUGUUGUUUGUGAGCAGCUUUUUAUUCCAUACAUUAGCGUAUUUGGUUUCCUGCCCGGAUACGAGACAUCAUUUACAAAGUCCCAAUCUAAACUCAUGCCACCAGCAUUAUCGAUGAGGGCAUCAUUUGCAGACUACCAAGCUCUCUUUUCUGAUCUGAUCAGACAAAUAAAUAUUUCCUUGGAUACCCUGACUGUUAUAUAUGAUGCUGACAACAAAGAGUUAACAUCUAUAUUUGAUUCCUACAACGAACAAGGUUCCACAUUCCUCCUAACCUACGAAAUUGGCUCAGUGCUAUAUGACAAUGUCUUUCAGAAUCUACAGAGUAAAAUGGACACCAGAAACUUUCUAGCUUUCGGUAACACGACGGCUCUAGAGUCAGUUUGGGAGAAGGCGAAAGCAAACAAUCUUCUCUCCGAAUUUCACCAAUGGGUGGUUGUUGUAACCGACAACCAGCUUCCAGUUUGUCGUAACUGCUCUGAUUACAUAGUCAUGUUACUGCCUGUGACAUUGUCGAACGAGUCUACUUGUAAUACAUCGUCGCUGUACGAAACCUACCUAGCGGAUAGUGUGACAUUGAUAGAUACGGUAAUAGAAGAAAUGUCUCUGGACGCUAGUGCACAAGAGAAACCAUGGAACAUUUGCUGUCCGCUUAGUGGCUGCACCAUGCAUGAUGUAGCACCAUCCGUUCAAUUCAUGGAAAAAGCAGUGGAUACACAGUUUUAUGGAUGUAGCGGACCAUUCUCAUUUGAUUCCAAGACUGGACAUCGCCAGGUGACUUUUGGCUUGUAUCAUCUAAAGAACUCUGAUAUCGCUGAACAGUUUGGCUAUUGGAAUCGAACUUCCGGUCUGGUUCUGUUUAAUCCGAACGAGACCCACCGCAACAAUUGGCGCUUUAAAAAAUUGAGAGCUAUAACAAUAAUUGAACCCCCGUUUGUGGAACUACACAAUGGUACCUUCUCAGGUUAUACAAUCGAUGUGUUUGAGAAAGUGUCCAAUAUGACCCAUUUCGAAUAUACCAUCAGUGAAUGUGCUGACAAGAACUACGGCACACUGUUCAAAAACAAUACCUGGGGUGGUUGCAUCGGACAAAUGCUACGUGGGGAUGCUGACGUCAUUGUCGGUUCAUUGUCAGUGACAACAGAGCGGGACGCAGUCGUUGACUUCACCUUACCUUACUACGACUUCGCUGGUAUCCAGAUCCUGAUUAAGAAGAAAGCUCAAGAAACGAAACUAUUUUACUUUCUCGACGUCUUUCAUCUGGACGUAUGGCUAUGCCUGGUGGCCGUUCUUAUUACUACUAGUAUCCUGCUUUAUAUGUUUGACCGAUUCAGUCCUUUCACCAACGUUGACCAGAAUGGUGAGCAAAGGAAUUUUAAUAUGAAGGAAAGUAUGUGGUUCGUGAUUGGGUCCUUGACACAGUCAGGUGGAGGUGACCCGCCGUCUUCGUUCUCUUCAAGAGUCCUCGUAGCAGGCUUUUGGUUCUUUUGCAUCAUAAUGAUGUCAACCUUCACAGCUAAUUUGGCCGCCUUCCUCACCGCACGUCGUUACACAAGUGACCUAAGCUCACUUGACGAUCUCGCAGCUCAGACAGAAAUCAACUUCUCAGUAAUGGUGAACAGCUCUACAAUGCGCUACUUUGAACGCAUGGCUAAAAUUGAGAACCUCUUCGACACGAAAUGGAAGAAAAUGAAUUUCAAGCACGGUUCUGGUGGAGAUUUUGAAGGAAAUUUAGCAGUUUGGAAUUAUCCAGUUAGCGAGAAAAAUGCUAACAUCUGGAAACGCAUUCAGGCCAACGGUAUGGUGGCAAAUUCGUCAGAAGGACUGCAAAGAGUAAGAGACGGUAAUUUUGCGUACAUCACUGAAUCUCCAAUUGUUGAGUAUUAUACAAAGAAAUACAACGACCUCACGAGCAUCGGCAACCCAUUCAGCUCAAGACCUUAUGCUUUUGCUUUCAAGCAGAACUCAGAACUUGUAGAUCCAUUUUCAAAACACAUUCUUCAGCUGCAGCAGAAAUCUGUUCUAGAAGACCUGAAAAGGAAGUGGUGGCCUAAAUCGGCUGAGGAAACAAAGGUGAAAAACUCUGAAGGUCUCAGCGUGGAGAGUUUAUCUGGAACAUUCAUAGUACUUGGCAUUGGACUGGCAUGUAGCCUGUUGUUUCUGGCUUUAGAAGUAAUAUGGGACAAAUACAAGAAGUCAGCAAAUCCAACCCUUGAACCAACCACUCAGAAUGUUUCUGUCAUAUAUGAUCGUCCCAGUUACCAACAGAAAGAAUCCAGUAGUUUUUCCAACGGAUCAAUGUUUACAUACGCUAACCCAGCUUUCACUGAUUCGGGGUUCAAAUGAAAAUCCUCUCGAGGCAAAAGAAAACAAUAACAA